AUGGAAAAAGAUUCUCGUUAUCAAUGGUUAGAAUCUCGUUUAAUAGCAACACUUGAACCAAAACGGGAUGCUCUUGUACAAUUAAUUCAAAACGAUGAUAAUCGUUUGAGUAUUGAACAAUUUUUGGAGAAUGAAGAUAUAACACAUUUAUAUAUCUUAUCACAAUCAUCAUCUCAUCUUUUAGCUCUUAAUGCUAUUCCAAUUGAUUUUAAUUCAUACCAACGAAUUGUUCUUUUUAUCAAAACUAAUUUGGCAAAUAAAUUAUCAAGAGAAAAUCUCGAUAAAGAUGUAGCAUUAAUUGAAUUAUAUCCUCAAGAAACAGUUCAUUAUAUGGAUAUUAUAAGUCGUGAUGUUUAUCUACCGUUAUUAUCUUGCAAUUUACUUGUAUCUGAUAUUGAAAAGGAUCGAUUUUUGGAUUUAUUUCAUCGUUUACUUAAUCAAACAGCAGCAACACAUACAAUUCAAGCUGAAUCCAUCGUACUUCCACUACCUGCAUUUAAUAUUCUUGCACAUAUUUCACAACAAGAACCUGAAAGACAACAAUCAAUAUUGUCUAUUCUUGAAAAUACUCUUACCAAUUGGAGCAAACAAAUAAAACAACUACUUCAAGAAGAAUUAAAACCAUCAUUUUAUAGCCGUGAGCAAAGUUCAAUAAAAGAUCAAGUUCAAUUAUGGACAUCAAGAAUAAAUAAAUUAAAUAAUCUUCUUGUUCAACUUGAUUCACCAUUUGUUCAAGAUGUUCUUAAGAAUUUAGCUCGAAAUCGUUCACCAUAUCUUGCUUCUUUUAUGGAUAUUAAAAUUGAAAUAACACGAGCCGUAACACAUGCCGAAAGAAAUUUAUCAUUUGUAAGCACAUUAUCACCGUGGAUAUUUCAAAUAAAUAACUCAAAUAAUGUCAAUGAAAUUCUUUUCUAUCUUCCAUCAUUAAUGCAUACACUUUUUCUCAUUUGGCAACAUUCACAUUAUUAUCAUCAAAAAGAUAAAUAUAGCCAAUUAUUAGAAGUUGUUUCUUCUGAAAUUGUUCUACGAGCUAAACAAAUAAUAGCUAAUAAUAUAUCAUCGAAAGCAACGAAUACGUCGAUGAGUUUGAAAGAUGCGCUUUCCAUUUGUGCUAUGUUUCGUGGAACUUAUUUAGACUAUAAAGAAAAAGCUGACGCACUUAAUUCCAAAUAUAUGAUUCCAGAAAAAAAAAUUGAUCCAUCAAAGAUGCUUAUUUGGCAUGUUAAUCCAUAUGGAGAAAAUGAUCCAAACAAAGAUAUAUCAGCGAAUAAUGAUCCAUAUUCUGUUUUAAGAAAAUCAAGUCCAUGGCCACCAAGAAAUGCAAAAUGUUUUCAAUCAUUAAAUGCACUUAUUGAAAGAUGUAAUGAUGUUCAAGAAUUAACAUCAACAAUAUCUCAAUUUAAUGAUUUAUCAGCAACAGCACGUGUUGGUGGUACAUUGACGAGUACCAUGGAUGCAAUGCUUGCUGAUGUUCAAUUAAAAAGUUCGAAAUCUCUUGAAAUAUUUCAUAAUGAAUGUCCAAAUUUAAGUCAUUUAAUGGAUAAUGAUCGAUUUGAUUUAGCAUUUUUUCGUUUACGAACAGAAUUAAAACAUUGUGAACAUGAAUUAGCAUGGAUAUUACGACAAUGUUUCUCACGUGCAACAACACUUUCCAGUAAAUUAACAUUAUUAAAUGUUUUUCAUGGUGCAUAUCAACGAGAUGUUGUUCAACGUGCACUUCAACAUGAACAACAAUGGAUUAUUGAUAAUCUUAAACAAGAAUUUCAAUCAGUUUCACAAUUAGUUAAUUCAUCUUUUAUGGAUAAAACUUAUUCCCAUUGGCCACCAAUAUCAAGACAAUUACUCUAUUUAAAUGGUCUUAAACAAAGAAUUGAUCUUUUUAUGACUCAAUUUAUUGAACUUUGUCCUAAAAUUCUUAAUAGUGAUAUUGGAUGGGAACUUAAAGAAGCAUAUAGAAUUGCUAAAGAUAAAAUUCAACGAAGCGAAGAUGAACUCUAUAGCCAAUUAGAACAAUCAGCAACAAGUCAAAUAUCAGAUCUUUUACUUCAACCUGUUUUUAAAACAUCAAGAAUAUAUAAUGAUAAAGAUUCUAUUGAAAGAAUUGUUGUUAAUAUCGAUAAUUCACUUGAAUGUUUAUUACGAGAAAUUCGUUAUAUAACUGGUCAACCAUUGAAUUCAAAAAUUCCAUCAAAGUUUCGUGAAUUAAUUCCACUGUUGGAUAAUGAUCGAACCCUUCGUUUAAAUGUUGAACGUCUUCGAUCAAUUGCCACAAGCUAUAAUUAUCUAAUUGAACAUAUGGAAUUAGAAGAAAAGCUUCUUUUUGAACCAAAAUUGAAUCGCAUUGAUCAAAUAAUAAAUCGUGGUCUAAACGAAAUAACAUGGAAAAGUAUUCAUUUGUCAGAUUAUAUUGAGCAAUCUUAUGGUUUAAUAAAUCUUGAUGCAGCAAAGGCACUUGAAAUUGUUCAGCAUGAUGUUUUAUUAAUAAAACAAUUAGCAUAUAAUUGGUCUCAACUGCAAGGAGAUAUUUUUAAUGAUAAUCAACUAUCUACAUUUCAACAGACACUUGAAAAACAUAAAAAUGUUCAAUUAAAAUUAAAUGAAAAAUUAAUAAUUGAUGGUCAUCGAAUUCAUGCAUUAGUUGAUAAUAUAGCUAAAGUUGUAGCUGUAAGUUCAGCAUCGCCAUCUUGGUUAAAUUAUUUAGAUUAUUUAAAUAGUUUAAUAUUAGAAGGAAUAAAAGCAACUAGUUUAAUAAGUAUGAAAAAUAUGUUUAUUGCAAUGACAAAUGAAAAUCAUCAAGUUUUAAGUAUUGUUGUACAAUUAAAUGAUUGUCAAUUAUCAUUUGACCCUCCACUUGUACCAUUAACGAGUGAAGCAAGUCUUGGAGAAAUUUUACUUGAAUGGAUUUAUUUAUUUAUUAAUCGUGGUGAUUUAAUUGAUAUACUUGGUUAUGAUAAAUUAAAUAAAUAUUCACAACUAAUGAAUGAUGAUUCAUCUAUAGUUGAUUUACGUGAUACAAUAAAUAAUUUAAUUGAAGAAACUUGUUCUGAAUCAUUAAAAUUAUUCGAAGCAUUUUCUCAAUAUUCAUUUUUAUAUCAACUACCAGUUAAUCAAUCGUUCCAAUUAUUUUUAAAUGGUGACAAAAAAGUAAAAUCGGCAACACCAAAAAAUUUUUUAAACGAACAAGAUGCUGGAAGACGAAGUGUUUAUUCGAUGGGUUCGAUUCCAACAGCUGAAUUAAUUGAUCAUGUUGAAAGAUCAUUUCUUUGUGCAACAAAUGAUAAACAAGAUCUUCAAAAAAUUCCACUUUUACAAGAAUUUGAAAAUGAAAUGAAAAUUUAUCAAGCUUGCCUAUCUGAUUUAUCAUCACUACCUGAUUGUUGGAAUGUUCAAUGGGUUCGAAUUGAUUUAAAGCCAAUUAAACAAACAUUAACAAGUCUGUCUCAUAAAUGGUUAUGGAAAUUUUGUGACUAUCUUCACAAUCAGACAAGUGAAUCAUUGAAUAAUGUUGAUGGUUUUCUUGGUGCAAUGGAACCUGAAAUUGAAUCGAUAACUGGCCUUGAACGUGAUACAGAAACAUUUAUGAAAAUAAUGCGUUUAUUUAAUUCAGUAUCAGGUAAGCAACAAGAAGUUGAAAUACGUUUUGAAUUAAUGCGUCGAACAUUAUCAUUAUUAAAAAUUUAUUCGUCAUCAAAUGAAAAUGAAUUAAUUUUACAUGAAAAAUAUCAAACGAUAAUUAAUCGUUGGCAAAAUUUAAAAACAAAAGUAAUGCAAGCUAAACAACGUUUAGGACCAACAUUAAAAGAAGAAUCGAAACUUAUUAUGCAAGAUUUAAAAUCAUUUCAAAAUAAAAUCAAUCAAUUAAUUCUGGAUCUUAAUAAAUCGAAUUUAUUUCAACAUCAACUAACAUUUGUUCAAGCUCAAUCGCUUUUAAAUGAAUUUUUAUCUAGACAAAAACAACUUGAUAAACAAGCAUUAGAUUAUAAACAAUUACAAACACUAUUGGAUACAAAUGUUGUUGAUUUUUCUACAUUAGAUCAAUUUCGAGAAACUUUAAAACAUUUAACAAUUACAUGGAAAACAGUCAAAGAUAUUCGUCAUAAUUUAGAAGAAAUAAAACAAGAACAAUGGCAAAAAUUAGAUAGUAAACAAGUAUUAGCAUCAUGUGAUAAACAUCUGGAUAAUUUACAAUCACUUCCAAAAUUAGCUCGUAUUUGGGAUAUUUUCAGUUUCACCGAAGAUCAUAUCAAAAGAAUUAAAAUUUGUGCUCAAUUACUUGAUGAUUUAUCAAAUAGUGCAUUACGUACUCGUCAUUGGAAGCAAUUAAUACGUUUAACAGGCGGAAACACUCUUAUGGAUAGUGAUACUUUUAGACAAUUAACUUUUGGAAAAUUAUUUACACUUUCUUUUCAAGAUCAUGCUGAUGAAAUUCGAGCAACAGUGAAACGAGCUGAAAAAGAUUUUCAACUUGAAUCAACUUUGAAAACGUAUGAAGAAAUUUGGUUAAGUAAAACAUUUCAAAUGAUACCUUAUCAAAUAAAACAGAAUAAUGAACAAAGAAGAAGUGUAUCGACGAAUCUCUCAUCAACAAACAAAAAAUCUCGAGUUAGCAUUGGAUCAAUAUCGCAAUCAUUAUUAAAUAUUGAUAUUUCAACAUCUGAUAAAAUACAUUUAUUAUCAAAUCUGGAUAAAAUGUUUAUUGAAAUUGAAGAUCAUCAAGUUAAUUUAGAAAUUCUUCAAACAAAUCAAUCAGCUGGAUCAUUUCUUGAUGAAAUAAGUAAAUGGCAAACAACAUUACAACACAUUGAAGCAGUUUUAAAACAGUGGAAUUGUGUACAACAACUUUGGCUUCAAAUUGAUUGUUUAAUACCUUUUAUUCAAUUCGAUUCACAAGUUAAUUCGAUCUUUUCUAAAGCUGAUAGAGAUUUUCGAAUUUUAAUGAUUUCAGUUUCAAAUAAUAAUAAUGUUUUAAAAUGUUGCCAAAAGAAAAACAUUCUUCCUAUGUUAAAAUAUUUAACCAAUCAAUUAAAUAAAUGUCAACAAUCAUUAAGAAAACAAUUAUUUAAUGAUAAUAAACAAGCAAGAUUAGCUCUACUUAAUGAUAUACAACUGUUUGAUUUAUUAUCAUCAGGUUACAAUAUUCAAUCAUUGAGCAAUAAUCUUUGUUUUGUUAUACCUGGAUUAAAACAUCUUUUAUUUUCUGAUGAGAAUAAAGAUGAAGCUAUUGGAUUAAUAACAGAACAUCAGAAUGAAAAAAUUCUUUUUACCAAAAGUGUUCCAUUCGAAGGAAAUAUACAAUUAUUUAUUGAUAAUUUGCUUACAACUUUAAAAGAAACAAUUAAAAAUUCAAUCGAUAUGGCUAUUCAAGAACUAACAGAAAAUAAUCAAUUAAAUAUUCUUGAUUGGUUAAUGAAAUAUCCUCGACAAACUGUUGUUAUUGUUCUUAAGAUAAUCUUUACAAGACUUAUUGAACAAUAUUCAAAAGAAAAUCAAUCACAACAGAAAUUGUCGGAAUUAACAAAAACAAUGUUAGAAGAAAUAAAAAAUAUGGAAGAAAAAUCCAACGAUGAAUCUUUAUUGAUAAAUAAAAAAGAAUCAUUGAGAAAAUUAGAUGAUGUUCUAACUAUCUUAUCAUCUUAUCUAAUACGAAUUCCAAUUGAUUUAAACUCAUUUGAAUGGUUAUUUACUCUUAAAUAUUAUUCAAAUCCACAAACAAAACAAAUAUCAAUUCAAUCUUUAGAAAAGUCGAUUAAUUAUGGUUAUGAUUUUGUUGAAAAUAAAGAAAUGUUCACUCCACGUGAACAUGAUUUUAUUGGUAAAAUCUUUCUUUCGUUAGGAUCACCUGGAGGAACUUUCAUUCUUAAUCAAAAUAGCGAUUAUUUAAUGGAAAAUCUGUCAUCAAAUAUUGGUCGAGCAUUAUUUCGUAUUCAAUGUGAUUCAAUAAGAAGUGAAUGUGAAAUAAUCAAUUGUUUUAUUGGUCUUUGUCAAGGAAAUUUUCUUUUAUUUAAUCAUGUAAAUAAACUUAAUAAAAAUUCUCUUCAUUUAUUUAUACAAUUGUCAUCAAUACUUUAUGAAACAGUAAUAAAAAAAAAUCAAUCAUUUGAAUAUUUAUCUAAAACAUAUACAUUAGCUGAUUAUAAUGAAAUAAAUUAUUUUUCAACAAUUUAUCCUCAAGCAAUUGAAAAUUUCUCAUCCUUAAAAAGUGAUAUUAUUAUUUCAAAUCGUAUUAUUACAUUAACAAGACCAGAUUAUUCUCAUUUAUUAAUGUCUCAUUUAAUUCAAUCAGGUUUUCAUCAUGCGUUUCAAUUAACAACACGCUUCAUUAAUCUUAUUUAUUAUAUUGUUGAUCAAUCAUUAACAGAAAAUAUUUCUCAAAAUGGUAUUAUUCAAUCCAAUAUUGAUUUAAAUCCAAUAUUAAUAAAAAUCUUAAUAAAAUAUUCAAAAAAAUAUUUAAAUAGUAAUAAAAUUGAAGACGAAGAAAAAUGUUUAUAUACUGGCUUAUCGAUUCUAUCAAAAUGUUUUAGUAGUGAUGAUAAAAAAUGUUUUGAUUCAUUAAUUUCAAAUAAAAGUAGUUUUUCAAAAGAAAUUUAUUUAAAAACUUUACCAUUAAAUAAUUCAUCAAUUAAUAAUCGAUAUUUAAAUGAAAAUAUUUGGAAUAUUUCUGACGCAUUUGAAUUAAGUUUAAAUCAAUUUAAUUUAAAUAUAAAUGAAACUAUUUUAAAAAAAUUAUUUCAAUUAAAUAAUUUAACUGAAAGCCAUUCGAAAAUUCUUAUUAUUGGAAAAAGCCAAUAUGGAAAAACUCUUUUAAUAAAAACAUUUAUUAAGGCUAAAUCAUUUUUUAAUUCGAAACAAAUUUAUCAUCAUAUUAUGCUUCAAUUAUGGUCAUCAGAAGAUUUAUUUUCAAAAUAUGAUUCUCAAAAUAAUAUUUUUCAGAAAGGUCUUUUAAAUAAUAUUAUUGAAAAUAAUAAAGAAAAUCUUUAUCUUCAUCUCGAUGGUUUUAAUCCAAAUGAUCUUCAUUCAAUUGAAGAUUUUAUUCUUAAUUUAGAUCAGUCGUCUCAUCUUUUUUGGGAAUUAGAAAAUUUAAAUGAUUUAAGUCCAUUAUUUCUUUCAUCGUGUGUUAUGCUUAAUAUUGAAGAACAAAUUUGGACAUGGAAAGAUUUUGUUCUAUCGAAUUUUUCAAAUAAAACUCAUAAUUAUGAUAUUUAUCAAGAAUUAGAAAAAAUUUUAAUUGACUAUACAACUAAAAUCGAAUCCUAUGAUAUGAAUGAUAAAACGUCGAUAAAUAUAUCAUUUAUAUCAAAAGUUUCUAUGACAAUAACUUUAUUAAAAAAUUAUCUUAAAAAUGAUAAAUGUUCAUUGAUAGAUUUACGUCCAUUAGUUGAAUUUACUCUUUUAUGGUCAUUUAUAACACAUAUUCAAAAUAAUUCAAGAAAACAAUUUGAAAAUUGGUGGAGACAAACAUUUCAUAAUAUUCCAAAAGAAAAAUCUAUAACUGAUUGGAUGUAUGAUAUUGAUUCACAUCAAUUUGUUCUUUGGUCUGAUACCAUACCAGCAUUUAAUCCACCAGCACAUCAAGGAAUUCCAAACAAUAUCUUUGUUCAUACACCUUAUACAAUGGCUUUAUCACAUUUGAUUAGUUCGAUGAGUGACAAUGAUCAUCCUGUAUUAUUAAUUGGAGAAAGAGGAGUUGGAAAAACUUCUCUAAUAAGUGAUCGUCUAAAAGCAACAUGUGGUGGAGAUAUAAGUGAUGUUUUCUAUGUAACAAUCAAUUGCAAUGCAGAAACAGAUGGUCUAUCGGUUUAUGAAAAAAUCGAAGAACAACUACAAUGGAAACAUUCAUCUUAUUUCACAACAAAAGGAAAUCGAAAAAUGUUUUGUUUUGUUGAUGAUCUUAAUCUUGCUAAAAUUGACCGAUGUAAUGAUCAAUCAUUAGUUGAAUUAUUACGUCAACAUAUUGAUUCAAAUGGUCUUUAUUCACCAUCGAAUUCUAAAUGGCAACAUAUUGAUAAUAUAACUUAUGUUGUGACAAUAAAUUCCUCAAACUCGUUAUUAAAAUUAAAUCGCUUAACAAAACAUUUUCAUAUAAUACAAAUGGAUAUGGCAAAUCAAUUUGAUUUAGUGUCAAUUUUUUCAAAAUUAAUGAAUCGACAUUUUAUUGGUGAUAAUGGAGAAUCUCAAUUGAUAAAUAAAGAUUCAAAUGAAAAUCCAACACGUAUAUCAACAGGAAAAUCUUCAACAAUAACAUCAACAACACUAUCGACAGGAACAGCAACAGCAGCGACAGCAAUCACAACAGGAACAACAACAACAACGACGAAAGGAACACCAAGUACAACGACAACAGCAAGUGAUCGACCAACAACAGGUACAACAACAACAAUUGGUUUAAAAGAAAAAUUAAGUAGUUCAACAUUAAAACGUCUUGAAUAUCUUCGUUCGAUUGUUGAAAGAAUAGUUAAAGGAACAGUUGAAUUAAAUGAUCGAAUGAGAAAUAUGUUUCAAAUAACAAAUAAACGUAUUCAUUAUGUAUUUUCAAUGAAACAAUUAACACAAUUAUUUCGAAAUUUAUCAAUUAGUUUAACACCGGAAUGUUCAAUUGAUGAUUUACUUUAUUUAUGGCAUCAUGAAUGUGAUUGGAUUUAUGGAAAACGUCUUUUUGAUCAAAUCGAUCAACAAAGAUAUCAACAAUUAUAUCAAACAAUUGUUAAAAAAUAUUUUACUAAUAUGAUUAAUGAACAACAAGCCUUAAUUAGUCAAAAUCAAUUAUUUUCAAAUUUACAAGUUACAGAGAGUGGAAUGGUUGUGGCUAACCUAAGUCGAGAUUCACAAAAUUAUUUAACUGAUAAUUAUAAUCUUGUAACAGAUGAAAAUCGAAUUGAAGCACUUGUUAGAAAUUCCAUUAUUGAAUAUAAUAAAGAAAAACCUAAAAUAAGCUUUCCACUUUAUCCAUGUUAUAUUGAAUUAUUAUGCCGUUUAUGUCAUACAAUACAAACAGUUGAUGGUCAUUGUUGUAUUAUGGCUGAAGGUGUUCUUGAUCCAUCGAUAAUUGAUGUAUUUGCAUCAAUUGUUAAUUAUCAAUUAGUCUCAUUUAAAACAAGUCAUUUAAUUACAUCUGAUGAUCGUCAACAAUUUUUUAUAAAACAAAAAUUAACACAAACAUACAUUGAUGCAGGCAUUCGAAAUGAAAAAAUCAUCUUAUUAAUAACAGAAGAAGAAUUUGAAUAUAUUGACUUGAUAAUUCAUGUUACAAAUUUAUUAAAUACGGAAGAAAUGUCAAGUUUAUUUUCAUUAGAAGAAGAAACGUCAGUGUUGAAUUCAGUUCGAACACAAGUUCAACAAGCUGGCCUUUCAUUUUCUCGAGCUGUUGCUUGGGAAUUUUUUCUUCGAAAUGUAAAAGAAAAUGUUCGUGUAUUAAUAUUAAUGAAUGAAAUAAAUAAUAAAUUAUGUCUUGAUCAUCCAUCAAUAUUCAAUAAUAUAUCAUUGAUUUAUUGGCAACAUUGGGAUACUCAAAUACUGGUACAAAAUAGCCUUUACCAUUUAAAAGAUGUUCAAUGGUUAGAUAAGACAAGCUGUGAAAAUACAGCUCAUCUUCUUGCUUCAAUGCAUCUGUCAAUACGACGAGCCAAUGAAGAUCAUACUAAAAAAUUACCACACAUUAACAAUCAUACAUUUACAAAAUUUGUCGAAAAAUUUGUAACAUUAUUUAAUGAAAAAUCUGCAAAUGUCUAUGAAAAUCAUUGUGAUGUUCAACGUCUUCUUGAACAAAUUCAAUAUCAACAUGAAACAGCAUCAAAAUUAGAAAAAGAAUUACAACAUGAAAAAACUGUACUUGAAGAAAGACUGAAAAGUACAGAACGUAUGUUAGUACAAAUAGGUCAAGAUAUGGUUAUGGCUGAACAACAAAUUCGUGCUCAUAAAAGUCAAACACGACGAACAGUACAAUUGAAAAGAUUACUACCGGAAUAUGAAUUAACACAAGAAAAGAAUCUAUAUAAAUGUUUAGCUAUUGCAACUGAUGCAAGAAAAUUAAUUGAAAGUCUCGAUAUGAAAUCUUUACAAGAAUUAAGAUCAAUUACAAAAGCUGAACAACCAGUUGAAGAUACUUUAGCUGCUGUUAUUAUGAUAUUAAAAUCUCCAACAGCCGAUGUCACAUGGCAAAAAGGUGCUAAAAGACAAAUGGCAAAUUUAGAUAGAUUCAUUGAAGAAACUCAUUUAUUUGAUAAAGUUAAUUUAACAGAAGAACAAAUUAAUUUAAUUAAUGGAAUUAUUGAUCGAGUUCAUCUUGAAGAUAAACCACUUAAUCAAUCUUCUUAUCAUGAUGCUGUUUUUACUCUUUAUAAAUGGGUUAAAAGAGUUUUACAGUAUCAUACAAUAUUACUUAAAAAAGUUAAACCAUUACAUAAAAAAUGCAAAGAAAUUGAACAAGAUGUAUUAGAACAAGAUCAAAAAUUAAUUUUAUUAGAUAAUAAAAGUCAAGCAUUAGAAGCUCGUUUAAAAGAUUUAUCACAAAAUUUUGAAGAAGCAACAGUUGAUAAAAAAGAUCAAGAAGAAAAAGUCUUAUUAAAAGAAACUCAAUUAAAAACGGCAUCGCAAUUAAACGAAAUUUUAUCUCGUGAAUUAGAACGAACAAGUAAAAUAUUUGAAUCAAGUGCAGAACGUCAAACAACAUUAAUUGGAACUUGUUCAAUUGGUUCAGCUUUUCUAAUUUAUCUUGGUCCAUAUCCAUAUAGUUUUCGUCGUCUUAUGUUAACGAGCCAUUGGAUUAAAUGUAUUAGAGAUAGAGGAAUGACUAUUGUUUUUGAUCAAAUAUCAUGUGUGAAAGGAAGAAUUAUUAAUUGGCAAUUAAAUACAAUUCAAGACGAACAAAAUGAAAUAAAUGAAGAACAAAAAUUAAUCAGUGGAAGUGAAUAUCGCCCAAUGCUAUAUGCAUUAAUUGAAUUUUUAUUGGGCGAUCAAAUGUAUCUUGAAUGGUUGAGUAAAGGAGUUUUAUCAUCAGAAAUGGAAAAUCAUACAAUUAUUGUUAAAUCAAUUGAAUAUCCACCAUUGAUCAUUGAUCCAUUUGGACAAGCUGAUCAAUGGAUUCAAAACUAUUAUAAUGCUCAAACAAUUGAUUUCGAUGAUGAAUCAAAUCAUGAAAUUGUGAUGUCAAUUGAACAAUCAUUUUUAUCUGGUUCAAAAAUUUAUAUUAAAAAUUGUAAUCUAUUAGACAGUCUUAUUUAUCCAUUAGCACAAUGGAAAUCAACAUCACAAAAAUUAAAUACGAAAGAUGAUACAAAUUUAAUAAUUUAUUGUGGUCGUCGUUUAUUUUGUCAUCCAUCCUUUCGUUUUUUUAUUCAAACAGAAUUUGAUUCUCUUGAAAAAGUUUCAUCAUCAUUAUCAUUAAUGACAACAUGUAUUAAUUGUCAAUAUAGUGUUGAAACAUUAUUAGAUGAUCUAAGACAAAAAGUAUUUCAACGUAUUCAACCGACUUUCUAUCAAAGAAAAUUAUCAAUUUUAAGUUUAAUAUUAAUUUGUCAACAAAGAAUUCAAUUAAUUGAUUCAUUUCUUAAAUUAAAUUCAAUUAGCGAUGGAUUUGAAGGUGAACAAGUUCUUUUAACAUCGGUUGCAUUAGAACGAAAAUAUUUAUUAGGUGAAGUUAUUGAACAAUGUUAUGAAUUAUUAGACUCUAUUGAAGUUUAUGUCGAUUGCUAUUUUCCAUAUGCUCAACAUGGUGCUUUACUCUAUUCAGUUGUUCAAAGAAUAAAUCUUCUUUCUCGAAAUAAUUAUAAAUUUUCAAUAAAUAUUAUUUAUAAUUUAAUCGAUGAAUUAUUUCCAUUAAAUAAUCAAACAUCAACUGAAGAUAAACAAAUUUGGAAAGAUAUCGAAGAUACACAACAUCCUCAACUUCCAUUGUUAAUUGAAAUAAAUGAUUUAACAAAAGAAGAAUUUUCUUCAGUUGAUCAAAAACAAAUUGAUGAAAAUAUAAAACAAAUGAUUCAAUCAUUUAUUAAAAUAAUUUUACCUCAAUUAUUUAGUGAAGAUCGUCUGGAAUUUUUAGUUCUUCUUCAAUUAUUAUUAAAAACAGCCGUCGAAAAUAGUGAUGGAAAAAGUGAAAUUUUUCAAAUUGAAUUAUUAGCAACUGGUUUACCAAGAAUUAAUUUUGAAUCUUUAUCAUAUUCAUCAACAUUAAGUAAAAAACCACAAUGGAUUGAAUCUGAUUUAAUUUGGUUUGAUAUUGUAUCAUUAUCAAGUCUAUUCAAUCAAGAUGAUCUUUUAUAUCAUUUAUCUGAAUUUAUUUUAUUAAAUGAUCAACAAUGGAAAAGUUGGUACGAUAAUCCAAAAUUAAAUUCAUUACCAAAUCCAAAUGAUAAACAAUAUUCACUAUUAGAUAAACUUCUUAUAAUUCGUCUUUUACAUCCAGAUCAUUUAAUGAUUUCUUUACAAGAAUAUGUUAUUGAACAAUUUGAUUUAAAUAAUUUACAAAUAAAUGAUAUUCAGUUUCAAGGUGUUAAUAUUAUUAAUUUGCCAUCAAUAUCAGUGAAAUCUAGUUUACCAGGAGAGUUUCUAAUAAAUAAAAUCGAUUUUGAUAAUUAUCUUGAAAAUGUUUUGAAAGAAACAGGUAAAAAAAUUCGUCAAAUUGAUUGUCAAUUGAUAAAAACAAUCGAUGAUAUUAAUGAUGAGUAUGAAAUCAUAUUUUUUAAAAAUAUUCAUCAAAAGUCAUUUUCACGUUUUAUUAAACAAAUUCGUCGUCAAUGUCGGAGUGAUAUUUUAUUAACUAAAGAAGCUUGCGUAGAUUUUAUUUAUCUUGAUGCUCGUAUUCAUCAUUACGACUGUUUAAUUGAAGGAAAAGGAACUUUAUCAAAAUUAUUAUAUAAAAAUUCAAAUAAUUCAAUUCGAUUAUUAAUUGGACAAAUAAUAUCGAGUUGUUCAUCAAUACUUAUUCAAUGUCAAAAAGAUGAACUUACACUUGUUUAUGGAUCAAUUUUAAUUCAAUCAAUUCUUGUUUAUUACCAAGAAAUUUUCCAGCAAAGUUCAUUUUCACUUCAAUGGACAAGAAAUUUAAGUGAGUUUAUUUUAAAUUUACAUAAAAAUACGAAAGAAAAAAAAUAUCUGAGAAACUUAAUUGAAAUGGGAUUUCCAAGUCAAUCUCCGUUAUUAACGAAACUUUUAAACGAACUUUUUCAACAAAUUGAGUCAAAAAGUUCAAUUCGAUUAAAUGAAUGUCAAUUUGAAAUUCCUCAAAAUGAAAGUCAAUUUAAUCUACAAUGGUUUUUAUCAAAACAUCCACAAAUCAAUUUAAUAUUUAAUGAUUAUCCAUCAAAAUUAAAUUCUCUUCAACAACAAUUUUCGAUUUUUACAGAGAAAAUAAAUAAAUUGUGGCAUGACAAAUCAGAAAAUAUCUAUGAAAAAUUUCAAAUAUCAUUAAUUCAUGAUAAUAUACAUUUAUUUAAAGAACGUUUACCUCCAUUACUUAAAUUGCCUUCGACUAUAGACUUUAAACGAGAUCUUGUGAAUAUUGCUCUUUAUCAGGAAAUUCUUUAUUUUAAUAAACAACUUGAACUGAUAUCAAAUGAUAUCAAUCAAAUAGAAGAUAUGUUAUCCUAUGAAAAUUUAUUAUUAGACAAAAAUCAAAGAUUUAAAUCCAUUGGAUAUGAUCUUCAAAGAAAUAAAAUUCCAUUAUCUUGGCUGUCAAAUAAUUCUAGCGCACCAAAAUUUAUUUCAAUUGUUCAAUUUAUUCAUCAAUGUCGUCAUCGUUUUAAUGAAUAUUAUUCUUGGAUAAAUUCUUUUAAAGAUGUUGAAAAAAUCGAUUCUCAUUGUAUUCAUCGUAGUUGUAAUUUCAUAGAAUUAAUGUGUCUUUCACAUGCAUUGAACAUUAAUCUUACACGAGAUAAGAUUCGAUGCAUUGGUCAAUGGGCAGCAUCGAAAGAUAAAAAGAUUUCAUCUCCAAGUCGUCAUCUUAUUUUAAAUGGUUUAACAAUUAUUAAUGGUAUUAUUGAAGAUAAUAAUCGAAUUAAAUCGAUUAGUGGAACAAUAAAUACUUGUCCAUCAAUUGAGAUAUGUGCUACAGAAUCAUUCACAGAUUCAUAUCAAUGUCCAGUUUAUGCGAUACCAUCAUCUCGUCUUGAUCCGCCAUUAUUUUAUUUAUUAAUAAAUGAACAAAUCGAUCCAAUGACUUAUAUUGUUUUCCAAAAUGAUAAUGAAGAUAUAGGUAAAAUACCAUUUCCAACUGUUAUUCGUCAGGAACCAGAGAUGAUUGCCAUAAUUAACAAUGAAAAUAGUCCUCCAAGGGAAAUGUCUCCAACAUCACAAUUGUCUCAAUCAAGUUCAAGAACAAAUACUCCAUCAGUCAAAGAUAUUCGAAGAGAUGAACCUAUGUUAGGUUUUUAA